AUGAGCCAAGCAACAAGAGGAUCGCGUGUCGUCUUUGUCGGCAAUAUCCCAUUCGAGAUGACAGAGGAGCAGCUGAUCGACAUUUUCAAAGAAGUUGGUCCUGUUGUUUCUUUUCGAUUGCUGUUCGAUCGUGAGUCCAAGAGACCCAAAGGAUACGGAUUUUGCGAGUAUUAUGAUGCUGAAACAGCAGCAAGUGCUGUAAGAAACUUGAAUGAUUAUGAUGUGGGAGGAAGACAACUUCGUGUUGAUUAUGCAGCGAUGGAUCCUCACGUGGAAAAUCAGCGUGGACAAAGACAACCUCCUCGAUCACAUCCUCCACCUCAUCCACCAGUACAACAACAACAACACAUGCAACCACCCCCACCACAUCCCUCACAAGCACAGCCGCCACCUCCUAUGCCAACUCCCACACCAGCUGGUAGUGGUGGUACCUCAGUAGAUGACAUCUCCAAGGUGCUCGCAUCGAUGAGUUCCCAAGAUUUGUUUACGCUCAUGACACAUAUGAAGCAAAUGUCAUUCGAACGACCACAAUUCACAAGAGAUUUUUUGACCAACAACCCUCAAGUUGCAUAUGCUUUAUUCCAGGCAAUGGUAAUGAUGAACAUUGUUGAUCCAAAUAUCAUCACUCGUAUCAUGAGCAAUCCCUCCAUGGGUGCUACAGGUCCUGCACCUCAACCACACAACAUCCCACAGCAACCACCACAGCAAGCAACACCUACUCCACCACCACCACCACAACAACAGCCACCACCCAUGAUGAUGCCACCACAACAGCAACCACCACCUAUGGUCCCAAGCCCAGCAGCACCACAAGCACCGGCACCCAUGCCAGGCAUGGGUGAACCUUCAGCUGAUGUGAAGGAACAACAAAAAGCACUGCUCAUGCAAGUAAUGCAGCUCACAGAUGAACAAAUCAAUGCACUCGCACCAGAGCAUCGUGAUCAGAUUAGGCAAUUGAAAGCACAAUUGGUCAUGUCGCAACCACCCCAAUGA